UCAGCCAGGCUCGCCGUUCGAGGCUACGUGGUCCGGCCCCGGAGCGAAGCAAGAACAUUUGCAUGCCGCAAGUCGGCCCUUGUGGUCAAUCGCCGGUAUACAUAACUCGGAAGCCAGCCGUAAGCUUUGUUUGCAUCUAUACCAUCGUGACGUCGACCACGGUAAUUGCUUGAAAGUAGCAUCGCCCUGCCAUAUCUGGCCGUACAGACCAGGAAGCUUGUGCUACAGUUCUCAAACACACCCUGCAAUUGCCGUGGGCCGUGGAAGCCGCAGGCCGUAGCUAAAGGACCAUGCAGCAAGCCCCUCUGCAAGCGGUACUUGCCCCCCCUCUGCCUCAGUCUGGGUUCCAAGCCCCCUCUGCCUUUCCCUCAUCUGGCAACGGCCUGUGGUACACAGCUCCAGGUGACGCCGAUUCCUGGUCAUCGGAGUGGCUCCCUAUCGGCAAUGGGUACAUCGCGGCCACGAUGCCUGGAGGCACCGUUCAGGAAACUAUGCACGUGAACAUCGAAUCCCUCUGGUCGGGUGGUCCUAUACAAGACCCGACGUACAAUGGAGGCAACAAGUUACCAUCUCAACAAGCCACCAUGGCUCAAGAUAUGCAGAUGUAUCGCCAAGCGAUUUUUGACAGCUCAAAUGGAACUAUCGACGAUAUCGAGAAUUUGAUGACAGAUGCGGGCGCCUACGGCUCCUAUGCCGCCGCCGGUGCAUUUUUGACGACACUCAACUCCAGCGACACUGUGUCGAACUACUUCCGAUGGCUAGAUCUGGAUGAGGCUGUGGCGCGCACUCAGUGGACAGACGAGAGCGGUAACUCGUAUUGGCGCGAACAGUUCUGUUCUAACCCCGCGGAAGCUUGCGUUCAAUAUGUCAACAGUACCGGUACUCUGCCAUCAUUAACCUACGCACUGUCGGUCACAUUGGAGAGCGGCCUUCCGGUGCCCAACGUGACCUGUCUCGAUAAUUCGACACUGAUGGUCCAGGGCCUAGCGAACGACCCAGGCAUGCUGUACGAAGUACUGGCACAAGUUCGUGCAUCUGGAAACGCGACAGUGACAUGCACACCUUCUGGUUCCAACGCGACUAUCAGCGUGAAUGGUGCGAACGAGGCAUGGCUUACCUGGGUCGGGGGAACGAACUACGACAUGUACUCGGGCACCGCCGCAGCCGACUUUUCUUUCACAGGCCCGGAUCCUCACGACGCCCUUACCACGUUGUUGAAUGUGGCAACGGCUGAGACGGUCACCUACGAUGGCUUGCUCCAGGCGCACAUCUCUGACUACAAGUCGGUUAUGUCCCCGUUCUCCCUCGAUCUGGGUCAGACGCCCGACCUGUCGACACCUACGGAUCAGCUGAAGGCGGCGUAUCAGACGAAUGUCGGAAACCCGUACUUCGAGUGGCUACUAUUCAAUUAUGGGAGGUAUUUAUUAGCAUCCAGUGCACGAGGGACAUUGCCACCGAAUUUGCAAGGCAAGUGGGUGGAGACAUGGACGAACGCUUGGGGAGCCGACUAUCACUCCAACAUCAACAUACAGAUGAACCAUUGGUUCGCGGAGAUGACCAAUAUGGACGUAGUCCUACCGUUGUUCAACUACAUAGAAAAUACCUGGGCUCCGCGUGGUGCAAGCACAGCACAAAUUCUAUACAAUAUUUCACGCGGCUGGGUCACUCACGACGAGAUGAAUCUCUUCGGACAUACCGGUAUGAAGCUUGAAGGUAAUUCAGCGCAAUGGGCCGAUUACCCCGAAUCCGCGGUCUGGAUGAUGUUCCAUGUAUGGGACCAUUAUGAUUACACAGGAAACAAGACAUGGUUUCAACAACAAGGAUGGCCCUUGCUCAAGGGUGUCGCAGAAUUCCAUUUAGAUAAGCUGAUCCCUGACCUCCAUUUCAAUGAUUCGACGUUGGUCACCGCUCCAUGCAACUCGCCCGAACAGGUUCCAAUCACAUUCGGCUGCGCACACGCCCAACAAUUGAUCUGGCAACUCUUCAAUGCCGUCGAGAAGGGGUAUGAGGCCUCUGGGGAUGAUGAUACAACAUUUUUAGAAGAGGUGCAAUUGAAACGAGCACAAAUGGAUAAGGGCAUCCAUAUCGGCUCAUGGGGUCAACUACAAGAAUGGAAGGUCGAUAUGGACUCCCCUACCGAUACGCAUCGUCAUCUAUCGCAUCUUAUCGGACUGUACCCUGGCUAUGCUAUAGCUUCAUACGACCCAUCGAUUCAGAACGGCAGCACUACGCAAUACACCAAGAGCGAUGUUCUCGCAGCGGCGGAGACGAGCUUGUAUCACCGUGGAAACGGUACGGGCCCAGAUGCAGACGCCGGAUGGGAGAAGGCAUGGCGGGCUGCGUGCUGGGCCCAGCUCGCGAAUGCCAGCGAGUUCUACUUCGAACUCUCGUACACCAUUGAACGAAACAUUGCGCCCAACCUGUUCAGCAUGUACGCUCCGAGCUCUGGAUCGAAUGGAAUCUUCCAGAUUGACGCAAACUUCGGAUAUCCUGCUGCGCUCCUCAAUGGACUGCUGCAAGCCCAGGACGUCGCAACCUAUUCAACUCCCCUCGCCAUAACCAUACUUCCGGCAUUGCCUGAAGCAUGGCCGUCUGGAUCCAUCAGAGGGGCCCGUGUACGAGGUGGGAUGACGCUAGACUUAGAGUGGGGUAACGGGAAGCCCACCGUCGUUAACAUCAACGUUGAUGAGGGCGUCACUCCAAGGCCUGUCGAAGUCGUCUAUGGAGGAAGCGUGGUGGCGUCGUUCACUACCUCCGGCGGUUUGGAGAAGACGAUCAACUUCUCGUAACGUGGUGGCGCAGGGUGGCGCUUGACGCAGUCAGGCGGUCUUAGUACGUCCAUUGCAGACUCUAUCGGACUUCUUCAUGCUUCUAUGCCCAUGAUCGGGUGGGGUUUGUAAAGCUUGCAGCGGACCUUCGUCGUAAAUCUGUAGCUGAUGAUUUCUUGUACGCUUAGUAGUUUCCCGUCGCAAGAAUGAAUCACAUCGUGUCUUGGCGCUCCUGUAUGCGAUGCGCGCACAGACCGCUACGGAGUUCAUGCCUGAAGCUGUCAUGCAUGCGCGGCUCACAAGACGUUCUACUCGCCGUGUUACGUACACCAUUCUUGGCCUGUAGACAUCUGCACCAGUGGUUCCGGCAGAGCGGAGGCUGCCAUAUAGCACUUGCUGAGUACGCACACGAUGAUCGACGUCGUCUGUUCAAUACCAGCCACACUGCACCGCCAGAA